AUGCCGGCUCCAUCGAAUUCCUUCAUGGUGAUGGCGAACGGAUCAAGAUCCAGGCCGGUGAGGCGAUCUUUUUGCCAAAGGGCUUGCGUGUCAAGUGGAUUUGGCCGGAAGCUACCCGCUACACUGUGCUUUGCCUCCCGGCCUUCUCUCCUGAGCUCUCUGGCCGUGAAGCAGAGGAAUCCGCAACAGUGGCCAAGGAUCCCGAAAGCUUGA